UUUUCUCUUAAACUGACUUGGAGUUUUUUUGGUCUGAGCUCCAUUUGUCACCACAUAAUAUGUCACCUUUACAAAUAACUAUGUCCGUUGCGUCAGCCGAGGUCGUUAAAAAGCAGAUGUUCUUGAAUAUAUAAAGUCCAAACAAAAUGAGUUUGAUCUUGACGACGAGGAUAUAAAUAUAAUUAUAUAAUUGAGAAAAAUAAGGUCGCUGGUCAAGUCUUUAUUACUUUGACAGAAGAAAAGCUUUUAGCCCCUCCGUAUAACCUUCUCGGCGGACCAGCUGGAGCAAUAGAACUUUUGAUCAAGGAACUUAUUUGCAAAGUGCAGGAAAAGUCAGAAAAAAGAAGUUUUCAAGAAAAAAAUGAUUUACAAACCGCCGAAGCUACAUAUGCUAAUGAACCUCAAAAUCAUAUAUCAACUUCCGAAGAAAGUUUUCAAGAAAUUAAUUUACAACCCGUUGAAGCUACAAACUCUCAAAAUCCUAUCAACUUCCGAAGAAAGUUUUCAAGAAAUUAAUUUACAACCCGCUGUAGCUACAAACUCUCAAAAUCCUAUACGAUUUCUGAGUUCUAAAAUUAACAUUCACUUACCAGAAAAUGCUUCUCAGAAGCUCCGUUACUAUGAACUUUGGAACAAACACUACAGUAAAUGGCCAAGCCUCAACGAGUUUACAAAUCACUUACACAAUGUCAGCAAAGGUCAUGCACAUAGUUCGUUUAAAAGAGAGAUAGCUGUUUUAAAAAAGCUGUUUGCGGAGGAACAUCCCGCUCAGUUACGUCUUGCACAUCUGGAGGGCCAACUAAAGAUGAAACAGAUGCCACGAAUUUUAAUGAAGGUUCAAAGAAGAAAAAUAGCAAAAGUAUCCAAAAUGUUCACCAAGCAAGUUGUUGUGAAAAAUGAACUGGAAAUCCUGUCCGCAAAGCAAGAGGCUAUGAAAAAAGAAUUGGAAAUCUUGUCCACUAAGAAAGAUGCUGUGAAAAAGGAACUGGAAGUUGCACAGGAUUCUGUAAUUCUCGGUGCGUAUCACCGUAUCAAUGAUCAUUAUAAUAACUACCACAAAGCCAGUACAUUAUUGCUUAAGCGUAAACUGUUUGAAAAUGGUAAUGAUACGGAUGUUAAAUUGUCCAAAAAAAACCGCGAAUCAUGAACCGAAAUUAACCUAGUUUUUUUUUAGUUUUUUAUUUUUAUCAUGUAUUGUUUUCGUGUUCUUUCAAUUUAUUAUAAAAAAUAAAGUUUUCACUAGCAAGUUUUUGAAGCAAAUCAAGCGCGAUGUGAACUAGAAAAUUUAUAAACUUUUUAAUAACAUUUGUGGGGUGAGAAUAAUUCGAUGGGACAAUUGACACAACGGGUAAAUAUUUCCGCGAAAAAAUAAAAAUGUUUAUAUGCCGGUCUCGUAUACAUAA